AUGGCUGAUCCUCCAGUGAGGCAGAUCAAGAUCCAGACUAGUGUGGUAAAGCAAUUGGUCAAAGAAAAAGUGAUCUAUGAAAAAGAAGCAAGAAGAAAAGAAAGAAGAAAGGAAAAAAUAAAGGCUGAAGGUGCUGAAAACUCUGCCAGUAAGAAGCAGAUAUUAGAAAGUGAAAAAGACUUGGAAGAAGCCGAGGAGUAUUAA